AUGUUCCAUCGUGUGUUGACUCCAUUAAGUCGCACUAUUUCUUCUUCAUCUCUCCAUCGUCAUUCGAUCCGUUCUACUUCAUUCAUCAAUACUCUAAGUAUUUUAUCUGUUAGUAAUGAUACAAAUUUGAUUCCCUCAUGGCUCGUAGCUCUUGCUGCAGGUACAUUAACUAUUGCAGGUCUGUCAUUGUUUCAAGACCAUCACUCUGCAACCUGUUGUGGUAUUGUUGGUGUUGUUGGAAAGACACAGAAUGCUGCUGAUUUUCUGCUGGAAGGAUUAACAAUCUUACAAAAUCGAGGCUAUGAUUCUGCUGGAAUGUCGACGCAAUCACAGCCAAGAGAAGAUGGCGACAAGGAGAUGAACACGUCGCCUAUUGUGACAACUAAAUUUGCUUCCGUGGUUGGAACAGCUGAUUCCAUUCAUUUAUUACGAGAUACAAAGGAUAAACAUGAAGGAAAUACGUCUGGUAUUGCACAUACACGAUGGGCGACACAUGGUCCGAAGACUGAUUGUAAUUCCCAUCCACAUAUGGACAUGCACGGUCGUGUUUCUUUAGUACAUAAUGGUACAUUUACAAAUUAUUAUGAAGUGAAACAAGAGUUAGUAGAUGAAGGUGUAGUCUUUUCAUCACAAACAGAUACAGAAGUAGCAGCACAACUUAUUGGUCACUUAAUGGGUGAAGGAGCUGAUUUACUCACAGCAGUGAGACUUGCGUUGAAAAAGUUAGAAGGUACAUGGGGACUCUGUGUCAUGGCACGGGAUGAACCGGGUAAGAUUGUGAUUGCACGAAACGGAUCUCCAUUAUGUAUUGGAUACGGAUCGAAUGAAGUGUUUGUAGCAUCCGAGACCACUGCUUUUAGUCGCUAUGCCAAGCAAUUCAUCUCGCUCAAGGAUGGUGAGGUCGCGGUGAUUAAAAGUGACUCGGCAGAGCUAAACCCAAACGAUUAUGGCAAAGAAGAAGGCUUUUUGCAACGAUUUCCGACUAGCAGGUUAGCCGUGGCACCGGAUGUAAAGGUGCGUCUUUCACCUGCACCGUAUCCACACUGGACGCUGCGUGAGAUCAUGGAGCAACCCAAAGCUGUGGCGGCAUCGUUGGGUUACGGUGGUCGCGUGUCUGAUGACCAUGUUUACCUUGGUGGACUAGAAGCAGAGAAGGAGCGUAUGUUGCGUAUUAAACACCUUCUUAUUGCUGCGUGCGGUACCUCGCUGUAUGCGAGCAAGUAUGGUGCCAAAUUGAUGCGAUCACUUAAUGCGUUUGACAGUGUGGCCACAGAGGAUGCAUCGGAGUGCACGAGUGAUCGGUUUUCGAAAAAGGAUGGUGGCCUGCUUGUCGUGUCUCAAUCCGGCGAGACGAAGGAUGUUCACCGCGCCUUGAAAACCGCAGAGGAGCUGCAACUUGAGGUGCCUACGUUUUCCGUUGUAAACUCUGUGGGGUCGCUUAUCGCACGCACAACGAAAUGCGGCGUGUACUUGAACGCUGGACAUGAGAAUGCCGUGGCCAGUACGAAGGCCUUUGUUACCCAAGUCACGGUCAUGGGACUCAUUGCCUCGUGGUUUGCACAAAACCGUCACGAUGGUAAUCGGUCUAAGAUGGCUGCGCUGAUCCAAAGCAUGCAUCGUCUUCCAAUUGCAAUUGGCAUGGCGUUGCGAUCGCGUGAACAAUGCGCAAAGAUUGCCGAUACGUUGUUGCCGGCUGAGCACCUCUUUGUGCUCGGUAGAGGAUACGGCGAGCCAAUUGCAUACGAAGGUGCGCUUAAGAUCAAGGAGAUUACGUAUUUGCACGCUGAAGGCUACCCUGGCGGUGCACUCAAGCACGGUCCCUUUGCGCUCAUUGAGGGUGAGAACGAUGGUAAGUUUGGAGCCACGCCAAUCAUCCUAAUCGUAUUGGAUGACGAGCACGCCACUUUCAUGAAGACGGCUGCUGAAUCGGUACGUGCUCGUGGUGCUCAUACCAUUAUUAUCACGGACAAUCCGGCGAUGUGCGAAAACAUUGCCGACGAGGUCAUUCCGAUUCCGACGAAUGGCCCCAUGACCGCGUUGCUCGCGACAAUUCCUCUGCAACUGAUUGCUUAUGAGCUAGCUGUGCGCAAGGGCAUCAACCCGGACGUGCCGCGUAACCUAGCCAAGGCGGUCACAGUGGAUUAG